AUGGAUUCUCCGAGGCAGCAACCACACCUGCCCGCCCCCACGACGGAGGAAGUCGAGAACUGGGACGACGACGAUCUCGUCGUCAACGACGACAACCUAUUCCUGCGAAGCUCCGUCUCUACGGCAAUGGCUGCCACACACGCCCCGGCGCCUUGUCUUCACCCUGUUCUCCAGCCUACUAAACAUCCGAUACAACACGUUCCCGCACCACUGGCGAUCGAGGAUGUCGAGAGCUGGGAUGACGAAGAUCUCGUCGUCAAUGAUGAUAACCUGUUCUUACGAAACACCGUCACGACGACGAUGCCCACCACUCUGGCCCCGUCGCGUCGUUGUAACGUCAUUCGGCUCCAGAGCAAACCACUACCAACGCAUCUACCCACACCCGCCACCGAAGAUAUCGAGAACUGGGACGACAAUGAUCUUGUCAUCAAUGAUGAUAACCUGUUCUUGCGAAGCUCCAUCUCUAACACUACCACCGCUCACACCCCGUCGCAUCGUCGAAACACAAUUCGUCACCAUGCCAAACCUCAAUCAAAGCGCAUUCUUGCACCCGCCGCUGCGGAGAUCGAGAACUGGGACGACGACGAUCUCGUCGUCAACGAUGAAAACCUAUUCUUGCGAAGCUCUAGCCCUACCAAAAAAAAUACUGCUCACGCCCCGUCGCGUCGUCGUGACGCUGUUGACGACGACUUUGAGAGCUGCUGCAAAACUCCCACAUCGCAUCCAGUCUCCACCGCUGCUGGUGCAUUGGAUCAACCCUCCAGGACGGCCCCCCCCCCCCAUCAUCUGGAUCCCUUCGCGGAGGCACUUUGCCAAGUCGGCGAAAGUGCGAUAGGUUCCAUUCAGGACAUGAUCUCGAAAUCACUCCCUGGCCCGAUCCAAGCAUCGAGGCCACCCCCAGACCCGACCCAGGCGCAAAAGGCGGCCAUGCCCUCCACCAUGCGUCGAUAUAGACACCGACGCUCUAGGACGCGCUCAUCCUCCAUCAGUCUAGAUAUGAUCUACGAAACGGAUGGCGAAGACCAUUUCUUUGACCAUGGCUCCGGAACCAUCAGGGCAUGUGCUCCACAUGCUCCUGCACCUCCUGCUCCACAAGCAUCUUUGCCUCAAGCAUCUGCUCCGCAGGCAACUUCUCCUCAAGCUCCUGCUGCGCGAGCUCCUGCGCAAGCUCCUUCUUCAGCUCCUGCGCCAGCUCCUGCGCCUUGGGCUCCUGCCCCUCAACCAUCUGCUAUCAAGGCUUCUGUCCUUCAACUGUCUGUUCCACAAGGAUCUGCUCCUCAACAAUCCAUUGCGAAGCCGAAAAAGCAUUCGCCGUCGCCGCCCAGCUACCUUCUUGCGCUACCCAUGUCGUGCGAGAUGACAGCCAAGACAUUGGAGGCGGAUGACGACGACUAUGAAGCCGUCUUCGAACUCCCGUCCGACGGCAACUAUUUUCAACUCCUACCUGGAAAGGACAACUUCAGCUCACUAUCGCCGACCAACAGAAGCUCGCCCGUGUCUCCAAACAGCCCUAGCUUGUCCAGCGGCAUUACCGGAGAAAGCCAGGGUAGGGCCUUUGAUAGCCCGAUUAAGAUGUCGCUUCGACGCCUAAGAACGACUGCGCCUUCUUCACAAUCCUCCAUCGCAAGCCUGCGAACCCCCACGAACCUAUCUCUCGACCGCCCCCUUUCCACCUGGGAAAGGCUCAGCAAGCCAAAGAGCAAGCAGCGCUUGGCCGAGGCAUCCUCCCGCGAGACCGAACCCCGUUUCUUGAAGCAGCCGCUGUCGGUUGGCUCAAAGGGUACCGCACGUGCCAAAGGCAUUCAGGUCAUUUCCCCCGACCGGACGUGGGCGCCGCCGCCACCGACUCCAUUGAUAUCCGCCAAACCGACACAGGUUCCUCAUUAUGCCCGCGACACGGUGGCCAGCCGGACUGCCCGCGAAAUAACUCGGGCCCAGCGCGCCCCCAGCAGCGGCCCGCUGGCGCCCGUCACCGCUCAGAGGGAGGCACACCUCGCCACCCGCGCAAAUCUGACCCUGUACCCUCGCCCGCCUCAGCAAGCCGUCUACUCCAGGAAGCAUUCCAAACGACCGAAGCAGCUCAAGCCCCAUCUGAUCGCGAAUCUCAACUCGAGCAAGGAGUCCAAAGGUAGGCGCUCUGGUCCCCUUUCUUGGCUGUCCGCCGUCGUUCCUUGUUCUAACAAGCAAUGCUCAGUCGUCAACGGAAUGGUUUUCAACGCAGAUACGUUGUGCUGGGAGGGAAACGAAAAUGCCCUGAACACCUUCGACAAAGCACCAACCCAUCCCCCCCGGAUCACACCCAUGGCUCAACACUUGGUCAGGGAGAAGGAGGCCGCGACGCCACCUCGCCCUGCUCUGAUAUCGAACAUCAGCGCUACGACGGGCAUACGGGUCGUCGGCGGCAUGGUCUUUGACCCCGAGCAAAUGUGCUGGCUGAAGGCCGGGUCACAAAGCGACACCAGGUCGGACGCCGGAGACGAUAUGGACGGCUUCGACGCCUUCGACGACGAAGACGUGUUCAAGAAUAUCACCGAUUUGGACGAAAAAUCUGCAUCUGGCGACAAGGAAGAGGGAUGGGGCAGCGACAUCAAGGAUGACUGGCCUGUGGGUGAGGAGUUUGACGUUGGUCCCGAGUUCGUGCGACGAGAGCGUGAAGAAGAAGCGAAUUGGCGCAAGAUUAGCGAGAAGUGGGCGGGGCGCUCUCAACGAGAUCAGAUAAAGUGGAGGUGGGCCAUUCGCGAUAUCCUGGCACAGUAG